GCGGCGGAAGCAGCUGGCUCGCGCGGCGAGCCGGGGGGGAGGGGGAGAGCUGUGAAGAUGGCGGCAGUGGUGGAGGUGGAGGUUGGAGGAGGUGCCGCCGGGGAACGGGAGCUGGACGAGGUUGAUAUGUCAGACCUUUCCCCAGAGGAGCAGUGGAGGAUUGAGCAUGCACGCAUGCAUGCUAAGCACCGCGGCCAUGAAGCCAUGCAUGCAGAAAUGGUCCUCAUCCUCAUUGCUACCUUGGUGGUGGCCCAGCUGCUCUUGGUACAGUGGAAGCAGAGGCAUCCCCGCUCCUACAAUAUGGUGACCCUCUUUCAGAUGUGGGUUGUUCCCCUCUAUUUCACAGUGAAGCUGCACUGGUGGAGGUUCCUAGUGAUCUGGAUCUUGUUUUCUGCUGUCACAGCCUUUGUCACCUUCCGAGCCACCAGAAAACCUCUAGUACAGACCACCCCCAGAUUGGUUUAUAAAUGGUUCCUACUGAUCUAUAAAAUCAGCUACGCCACUGGCAUCGUUGGCUACAUGGCUGUCAUGUUUACCCUCUUUGGUCUGAAUUUACUAUUCAAGAUCAAACCAGAAGAUGCCAUGGACUUUGGCAUUUCUCUCCUCUUCUACGGCCUCUAUUAUGGAGUUCUUGAACGGGACUUUGCCGAAAUGUGUGCAGACUACAUGGCGUCGACUAUUGGGUUCUACAGCGAGUCGGGCAUGCCCACCAAGCACCUGUCGGACAGCGUGUGCGCCGUGUGUGGGCAGCAGAUCUUUGUGGACGUCAGUGAAGAGGGCAUCAUCGAGAACACGUACAGGCUGUCCUGCAACCACGUAUUCCACGAGUUCUGCAUCCGCGGCUGGUGCAUUGUGGGAAAGAAGCAGACAUGUCCCUACUGCAAAGAGAAGGUCGACCUCAAGAGGAUGUUCAGCAACCCCUGGGAGCGGCCUCACGUCAUGUACGGGCAGCUGCUGGAUUGGCUGCGCUACUUGGUGGCCUGGCAGCCUGUUAUCAUCGGCCUGGUGCAAGGCAUCAACUACGUCCUGGGCCUGGAGUAGCGGCGCCCGCGCGCCCGCCCAUCCACCCGUCCGCCCGCCGUGGUCCUCAGACACACGCCUCCUGCCCUCCCAGGGGGCCAGACUCCCCCAGCACUUGGGCCACUCAGGACCCCUGCGGCUGUGCCCGGGCUGGGAGGGUCUGGUGGAGAGCCUGGCCAGUGGGGCUGUCAGCAAUGGGGACUUUUUAAAAGAAAACUAUUUUGAUGAAUAUAUUUAAAACCUUUUUUUUAUUGUGGAACAUAGGAAUUGUCUCCCUGCAGGAGCAGAGCAGGACAGACACAGCGUUUUGGUUUAAAGGCGCCUUCACACUUCCCCCCUUCCUUCCCUCUGGGGCUUCAGCUGGUGUCCCCGAAGGGCAUCGGGGUCGAGUCGGCCUCCACGCGUCGUGUGGGACAGAGGGCUUGGCCUCUCGCCUCCUCUCCAGGACCCCUAGGCUGCUUGAGGCAGGAGGCACCUGGUGACUUUGCCAACAAGCAAAGCAGAGGGAGCUGAAAAUUCACUGGAGACAGUAAGACACAGUGUGGCUGGGUGAGUGGCCUCUGCGCUGGACUCCGCUGAGAGCAGAGGCCCCGACUGCAAAGCCACUUCUUCCUGGGAAUUGGCGAAGGUGCCAAAGGCCACUCUCCUACAUCACCUUCCUGGAAGCGGGGUGCUCGUGUGGUCACAGAGGCACGAUGGCCCUGAGACGUCCUGUCAGCCAACCUGGAAGUGCCAGGGGAGGCCCAGAAGUGCAUGGGUCUGCGAAGUGGCGUCUGGUGCCUCCCAGGCCUGGUCCCGGGAGUUUGGGAUAAUGUGGGAAGCACGUGUGGGCCUCUGGGGUAAGACUGGGC